GGCGGGGGGCGCGGCCGGGCCAGCGGAACGGGCCGGGGCCGCGGGCGCAGCCAUGUCCUUCUGCUCUUUCGUGGGGGGAGAGGUGUUCAAAGACCACUUCCAGCCGGGCAUCUACGUGUGUGCCAAGUGUGGCCAUGAGCUGUUCUCCAGCCGGGCCAAGUACGAGCACUCGUCCCCGUGGCCAGCGUUCACCGAGACCCUGCACGGGGACAGCGUGGCCAAGCGCGAGGAGCGCCCGGGGGCUUUAAAGGUGACGUGUGGCAAGUGUGGCAACGGGCUGGGCCACGAAUUCCUCAAGGAUGGGCCCAAGAAGGGCCAGUCCCGCUUCUGAAUAUUCAGCAGCUCGCUGAAGUUCGUCCCGAAAGGUAAAGCUGAAAAUGACCUGAAGGAGAAAUAAGCGAGCUGCUGCACCUGGCACUGCCCUGCGCUGAUCCUGCCUUCACUCCUUGGGGUGCACUGUCCUGCCAAGGGCACCCACAGCAGCAGGAACUCCAAGGAAGCUCCUGGUUUCCCUGUUCUGGUUUGCCCCUGAUGUCACGGUUUCCGCUUGAUUUCCCUGCCAAGGUUUUAUCCCCUGACUUCCCUGUCACGGUUCCCCAUUUUCCCUGUUUCAGUUCCUCCCGAUUUCUCUGUCAUAGUUCUCUCCUGAUUUCCCCAUCACGGUUUUCCCCUGAUUUCCCCAUCACGGUUUUCCCCUGAUUUCCUUGUCAAGGUUUUAUCCCCUGGUUUCCCUAAUCUGGUUCCCCUCUGGUUUCGCUGUCACGGGUCUCUCCUGGUUUCCCUGGUCCAGUUCCUCCUUGGGGCUCCAUCCAAGGAGCUCCUGUGCCUGUGCUCCUGCCUCUGCUGAGCUCUGGGGAGGGUUUGCUGCUGACUUCAGCCGAGCCAGGACAGCCUCCAGAUCCCAGCCAGGCACUGAUGCAAUCCAGGGUCGCUCCGCUGGCACUUCCAGGGAGUAGCGCGGGAUUAGCCGAGGUCAGAGUGUGGGUUAAUCCCUGGAGUUAUUCUGGGCUGGGAUCAUGGUAUGAACUGCCCUAUAUAAACCCUUCCAGGGUGCUGGGGCAAGGAUGUUUUAUGGUCCCACUGGGCAGCAUCCAGGUGUUUUCCCCCUCUGCCCACCUCGCACACAGCACAGACGGUUCCACAUCCGCGUCCUCGACUCUGCCCUGGCCUUACACCUGAUUUAGCACUGUGUAAUAAAUUUCAGUGGCACUCAGGCUCCUCCUGGCUGUGCCCUGGUGGGAGGGAGGCCAGAAUUGGGCCCACGGGCUGCGCUUGGCACCGCUCAGGCUCCGGGAAUCGCGUCUGCGCUGCCUCAAUGCUCCCAAGGGCUGUCACACUGAUUCUCCUUAAUUCAGCUCCUGAUUCGUGGCCUUCCCUCCCUGUCCCAGAAGCCAAAUCCUCCUCUGGAAUUGGUACACAAGAUCUUUAAAGAUGGGGAAGGCUGUUGCUGACCCAUGGGGUUUAGAGGGGCCGCGCUGCCGGUGCUGUUCCGGUGCAGCUGCACUCGGGGACACACUGGGGGCUUUUCUCUCCAUGUGUUUUGCCUCAGUCCCAUGGAUCCAAGGGCACAGGGGAAGUUUGCCACACCACCUCCUGGAGCUCAACUGCUGGUCUUGUACCUCUUUCCAUACUGAAAAUAAAGCACUGAUUCACUGUG